UUCCACUUUCCACCACCGUCCCCUUCCUCAGUUUUCAAUUGCUUUCGCCGAUGAAUUACGAGCAGAGACUAAUCGCCGCAUCGAAGUUCGUCUACGCCGGCGACUCAGCCGACGAUUCUCUGCCGGUCAACACUGUUGACUUGGGAGUUAAAGCGACUCUUAAACCUCACCAAAUUGAAGGAGUCUCAUGGCUUAUUCGAAGAUACCGUCUAGGCGUCAACGUCAUUCUCGGGGACGAGAUGGGGUUAGGGAAGACUUUGCAAGCUAUAUCAUUGCUGAGCUAUCUGAAAUUCUUCCUAAAGACUCCUGGACCAUUCUUGGUGCUCUGUCCUCUUAGUGUGACGGAUGGUUGGAUGUCUGAAAUGGCCAAUUUCGCCCCAAAAUUAAGAGUACUAUCCUAUAUUGGAGAAAAGGAGCACCGGCGCAAUCUACGUAAGAAAAUGUAUGAGCAUGUGAACAAGAAGGUGUUGUGUGAUGCAGAACCACUGUCUUUUGAUGUGCUGUUGACUACAUACGACAUAUUAUUACUUGAUGAAGAUUUUCUAUCCCAGGUUCCAUGGAGUUAUGCAAUAAUUGACGAAGCACAAAGGCUCAAAAAUCCAUCUAGUGUACUGCAUAAUGUGCUCAAAGAGCGUUUUCUUAUGCCUAGGAAAUUGCUGAUGACCGGCACACCUAUACAAAACAACCUUACAGAGCUUUGGGCUCUGUUGCAUUUUUGUAUGCCUUCAGUUUUUGGAACACUGGAUCAGUUUCUCUAUGCAUUCAAGGAAGCUGGCGAUCCUUCAUGCCGUGAUGCAGACAAAGCUAAGGAACAAUUCAAAAUUUUGAAAUAUGUAAUAGGGGCAUUUAUGCUCCGAAGAACUAAAUCUCAGCUUAUUGAGUUGGGGACUCUUGUGCUGCCACCUCUUACUGAGAUUACUGUGAUGGCACCAUUGGCGGCCCUGCAAAAGAAGGUAUAUAUGUCCAUAUUAAGGAAGGAGCUAACGCAGCUGCUAGCACUUGCUUCUGGAGCACCCAGUACUCGGUCGUUACAGAAUAUUGUAAUUCAACUACGAAAAGCAUGUAGUCAUCCUUACCUUUUUGCUGGUAUAGAACCUGAACCAUAUGAAGAGGGAGAACACCUGGUUCAGGCUAGCGGGAAAUUGCUCAUUGUGGAUCAUCUUCUUCAAAAGCUUCAUGCUCAUGGACAUAGAGUCCUUCUGUUUGCUCAGAUGACUCAAACACUGGAUAUAUUGCAGGAUUAUCUGGAAUUGAGGAAAUAUUCUUACGAGCGUCUUGACGGUUCAAUUCGUGCAGAAGAGCGCUUCGCUGCAAUAAGGAGCUUCAGUCAACAGUCAGCCAAGCGAAGCUCAAAGUUGGAAGCUGAUCAAAAUGGAGCAUUUGUUUUCUUGAUUUCAACAAGAGCUGGUGGAGUUGGAUUGAAUCUUGUGGCUGCUGAUACUGUCAUAUUUUAUGAGCAAGACUGGAAUCCCCAGGUAGACAGGCAGGCCUUGCAGCGUGCUCACCGAAUUGGUCAAACAAACCAUGUGUUAUCUAUAAAUUUAGUCACGGAGCAGACGGUCGAGGAGGUCAUUAUGCGUAGAGCACAACGGAAGUUACAGCUUAGCCAGAAUAUUGUAGGAGAUGAUGUCUUGGAUCAGGAAGGGAAAGAGAUGGCAGGAGCUGAAGCUGGUGACUUGCAAUCUGUUAUACUUGGAUUGCAUAUGCUAGAUCCUGCAGAGAUAACCAAUGAGGAAUCAGAUGAAUUUGAUAGGACUGAGUUGACUGCAAUGGCAGAAACAAUUAUUGCAUUUCGCAAUGAAGAACGUUCUGCCAAAGAUGAGUUUGAGGUAAAGCCAGUUGACAGGUUAAGCGAGUUCAAUGUUGUCACAAAAAGAGGUCCAGAAUCUAUUAAGCUUGAUCCUCGUCUUGAUGAAGCUUCAUAUCUCGCGUGGGUUGAGAAAUUCAAGGAAGCAUCACAGGCCAACCAUGGUCCGAUUUUUGAGCUGGGCAAUAGAAGAAGGUUGCCUGAAGAAAAGCAUGUAAAAACUGAAGCUGCAAAGAGAAAGGAAGAGGAGGAGAAGUUGUCAAAGUGGGAAGCUCUUGGAUACCACUCAUUAUCUGUCAGAUAUCCUGUAUCAGCUCCUGAUACUGAUAUCUCCUCAGAUUCCGGCGUUGUUCAUUUUGUUUAUGGGGACUGCACUUAUCCUUCUAAAGUGUCUCCAUCAGAGCCGACCAUUAUAUUCAGCUGCGUUGAUACAUCCGGAAGCUGGGGUCAUGGGGGUAUGUUUGAUGCAUUGGCGAGAUUAUCAUCUAGUGUACCCGCUGCAUAUGAGCGAGCUUCUGAAUUUCAUGAUCUUCAUCUAGGUGAUCUCCAUCUUAUAGAGAUUACAGAGGAUCUCACUAGUGGCAGUGGUUCACCUCAUGCUCCUCAAUGGGUAGCUUUGGCUGUUGUGCAGUCCUACAAUCCUAGGCGCAAAGUCCCACGUGGCAGUAUCUCCAUCCCUGACUUGGAGCAUUGUCUAUCAAAAGCAUCAUAUUCAGCUGCUCAAAAGUCUGCAUCAAUCCACAUGCCAAGAAUUGGUUAUCAGGAUGGUUCUGACAGGUCAGAAUGGUAUACAAUUGAACGUCUGCUGCGGAAGCAUGCUGCUCUCUACGGCAUAAAUAUCUUUGUGUAUUAUUUCCGGCGUUCAGCACAGAGCUAAGAGGGGGACAGUAUCAGUGUUCCAUACGCAACGGACACAUCUGAAAAAAUCCAGUUAGUGUAGAUUAACCUUAUGCAGUAUGAAGUUGGUCAGCCUGUGACAUUCUAGAUGUUAACAGUUAGAAUACCUGUAUCCUUUUGGUCUAGGUGUGAGUUAAGCAAUGAUAAUAUGAUGUGGAAAUCUCCUUGAUGGUGGUUUAUGUUUUUCAGACGGUUAACUAUGAUCAAAGCAACUUUCAGGUUGUUAUACAAGCUAAUCAAUAGUUUGGUAUCUGCCAUUUGUUUUUUGACAAAACAACCAUACUAGGUUAUUUGUAAAUAUUUGUGAUGUAUUUUCAAUGGAAUUAUUAUCUGAAACAUUGUGCAUCAAUUA